AAUGUUUUCCGUCUACCGACCACAGACAUGUCCAAAACCGUACCCAAAAUAGUUCCACGCUUGUCCAGCGUUCGUUUCGUCUUGCGUUCCGCAGGCAGAGGCGCGCUAUCUCAUCCACUCAUCUUCAAAACAUCCACACGCCCUGAACUUUCUUACCGCAGCCGAUCGUUCAAGUUUUGCCUCACGAAAGCAGUUUCCAUGCACAGCCUUUUACCAGGUCCACUCCUCGUAGUAUCCCCGCUACAUUCCUGUAGUAGCGUAGUAGUAAAGUGUUUGCGUACGCACUCAGUAAAAUCGAGCACUAGGAACAGUUGAUACGUAAUUCGGUCCAGAAAGAAGCUAACAAGUGCCGGCUUUUUCCCAAAAAAUGACUCUUUGCUUUCGACAGGAGGUGAUGUGUUUGUGGUAGCUUUGUGGCCAUUUGGAGCAACUCUCGGGGCGGACGCCCGAGCGCACUUCGGAGACGACUCAAAAGGGCGGCGAGGAAACUCGGUGCCGAUGAUUUCCGCCGGUUUGGAGGGACGAUUGCCCUAUAUGACCUACCCAGAGCCUUGGCGUGGGCCGCCCAAGCAGCCACCGGAAUUUCUUAGGCCUGCUCCCAAGCCAGUGCCCCCGACUAGCCGUUACAAUGGGGUGAGCACACCGCCGAACGGCAUGCGUCUGGCUCCCUCCCAGCACUCCCUCAGCAAGUACCCUUCGCCCACAUCGAUAACAACCCCCGUCAACCUCACCCACCAGAAGGAUGAAAUCGUCGAAGAGCUUCCAUACUACCGCCUCUACACAGCCCCACCGCACCUCCCGCACUUCCCCCAAUUCACCACCAUGUACCAGAACCCCUACACCCCCAUAAUCCGCUCGACCUUUCCCACCACCUCCCUGCCGCCGUUGGAGACGUACUCUCCGACCACUCCCACAGCGAUCACUUCUUCAACGUUCCUAUCGCCCCCGUCCACGUUCAGUCCUCCGUCACCGGUGAAACCUGGCCAAAGUGUUCUAAGAGAUUCGAGGGUUCCGACCCAGACGACAGCACAAAUCCAGUCCAACCAUCAGUCAGUAGCCUUCAAGGUGCCCUCCGGCAAGGAGGGCUCGCUGAAGCACAGGAUACUUACAAGGCCGGAGGAUGGCAGCCGAAAUCUUGCACCCUUAGAUUUACAAAAGCCUGCGGAAGGACAGCGGAAAAGGUUCAAUGCGACCAUGUCCCCGCCCAGGUCGCCCAAGAAACCUAUUAAUAAUAAUAACACAGUUCCGAGCAAUUUCACGAAAGGAUCUCUUAUACAACUUGCCAAUGGCGAGCUGCGCAAAAUCGAGGACAUGAGGACCGAGGACUUUGUCUCCUCGGCGGAACACAGCCCCGAAUUGAGGCUUGCGGAGAGCACAGUGGUGAGGAUAGAGGAGAACCACGCCACAGGAACUGCCACCAUUACGCUUAGUUACAAUCAGAGACGCACACAGGUUGAAGUGGAGUCAACGGUGGAGCACCCGUUCUUCGUGUUCGGCCAAGGCUGGGCCUCGUACAAUCCGGAAAAAACCCACCAGUGCUACGGACUGAAAGUGCACCGCUUGCAAGUGGGCGAUAUUUUGAUCUCGCUGACACCUCGGGAGCACUUUGGCGGGCUUCCGUCGACCCGCAGCACGACCAUCAUGACGACGGCCACCAGCACAGCGAUGACAGUGCGCCCCCUGCCCUUGGACAGCGUCCCGAAAAUGCACCACGACAAAACCGACCAAACAAGCAACAGUCAAAUGCACCCAAUCAACCUGCACGCACUGUCGCCCGAGGGGCGCAAAAGGUCCGCCCUUGAACAAAUCUGUGAUGACGACGAACAGCACUCGAGGAGAAGAGUCGAAUGAGUCGCGGUGGCGUGAAAAACUAUGCAUUCGCUGUGGGAUAGACUGUUUAACACUAGAUCAAUGCUUCUGAAAUGAUAUUAUCCCGCCUUGUUAGCUCGUGUUGAAAUAACCCAUUAAGCGACCACAGUUGACUCAUGCAAAUUCGAUACUUGCUAUUUACAUGCUUGAGACGCACUCGGAUCGGUGUUGCGACACGUUCUGGCUGGAAAGAACUGUUCUUUCAACUUGCACGCUGGUCGCCCGAAUGAUAUUACACACUGUAUAUUUGUAAAUAACGUUGCGUAAAGGGUUCUUUCAAAAUUAGCGAGUUCGUGUUGUUUUGCACUUUUAUUCACUGUCAGAAGUCCAAACAACAUAAUUAAUGUGCUAGUGCAAUGGAAUUAUCUAAAAUUUAGAUUUCUCAUGACAAUAUAAGACAGGGCAGGAUGUAGCAAACGUCGCUGUGCCGAUUAUGAACUGGAGUAUUAUGUAGAGUGAUAUGUACUGACAAGAACAGUUGUUACUGGAAGUUUUGAAUACGUAGAGGACUAUGGUAGUAGGAAUCUGCUACUGUCGAUCUCAAAGAGUUGUGUGAUAGAAAUGCUUUUAAUGUUGUUCACAAAGAUCUGUAUUUUAUUUACUAUGAAAUGAUCAUGCACGAACUGAUGUGAAGCAACAGCGCCGCUGUCCGGUGACUGGAAGGCGGCGCCGCUGCUGCUAAUUAAUAUAUCUAGCGUUCGUUACUUAUGUAAACUUUUUACUCUAGAGUAUUGAAGAUUAACAAUUGAUUAUCUUGAGUGAGAGGAAUCAAACCUUAUGCUUUUUAAUGUUGUUUAUAUUGAUUUCCAUGUGAAUUCUUGGCUGUGAUACAGUAAAGUAUGUGGAAUGAACGACACUUCCCUCCAUGUCUUUAUUUUAAAGAUCGUAACUAUAAAGUGUGAAUUGUACGUUAUUAUUAGAUUAUCGUAACAUAUACCUCACUCUGUGCUUUUCUACAUUGACGGUUAUCCUUAAUGCUUGUAAUUCAGAUCGUUCAAAUUUGGUGACAAGAAUUGUUAUUUAUUGUGUAUAUACAGAAUGUCUUAGAUAAAUUCAAUUUAAUGUUAAGUUAAUUAAGUGAAGGAGGGGUUAAAUUUAACCGCGCCCGAAAAUGUAAAUAUGCCAUGAUUGAUUAAUUUCUCGUUUGUUAAGUUUGACGUCCUCCGCAAUGUUUUACAAUUAAAUGUGAUUUAAUGUGUAAUUUGUUGGGCAUUCUGUGAUAUUUGCCUUCAAAAUUUUACGGUUUCGUAAUCAGUAUUCUGAAAGGUCAUUGUUAUGAGUGGUUCAUUUUAUUUACCAGUUCUUUUUGCCAAAACUUUCGGUAAGCUCAACUAAAUUAGCAACAGAGUUACAAUGUUAUUGCGUUAAUUUAGAACAAUUUGAAAUGGGUAGGAAACUACAUCUAAUUAAAUGAAGAGAAGACAAUGAUUAUUGAAGUGCCUUGAAUGAAGGUUUCUCCUUCAAGAAUGUUAUUUACCUAUGUAGAGGAUCUAUGAAACAAGCUAACAGAUAUGUACAGAUACAUAUAUAUUAUUUUACAGAUACAUGUACAGUGUGCCAUGUUGUUGAAUUGUAAGGCCGGAUGGCAGUGCAGUCAAACCAAUAAAAUAUAUAAUAUGUACUAACAA